AUGUCCAUAGAGCGCAAGGGAAGAGAGGCUGUGUCUUCUUUGGUAGACCGCGAAGGCCGGCAGCAGCAGAAGCAGCAGCUGCUGCUGCAGCAGUUUUACGUUUAUUACAUUAAGCAGCUGAUGGCCAAAGAAGGGCUUUUCGCCUUGGAGGACUUCCUCACACUCAAGCGGGCCUGCGAAGACGAGCUGGGGGGCCUCCGGCGAAAGGCCGGGAGGAAGCUGGAGGGUUUAGGAAUGAAGAGGUUUGGGCCUGCUGCUUCUGCGGAGGCGCAGCAGCUGCAGCAAGAAAUUGAAAUCCUGGAGUGUCUGUCUCCUUCGGAGUUGAGUCUUUGCUGCGCCUCUGCGCUGUCUCCUUUCAGCCGCAAAGCAGUAGCAGCAGCAGCAGGAGUGUCUUUGAAAAAAGUUGAAGAGUUGCUGCUGCAGUUCGCCACCAUGCAGGGAGAUCGCACUUGGUUUAUGCGCCUGCUGGAAAUGCGCCGCCCGCUGCCGGGCUCUUUUGAAGACCGGCAUCUUCUAGCAGAGACAGACAGGCCCUACGAAUUGCGGCUGCCGUAUGGUGAAAAGUUUUACAACUAUGAAGUGGAGAAGACGCGGCGGCUGCUGGGAAUGAGGGGAGAUGGCAGAGGAGACUACAGGAGAUACAAAAAUGAAAGAAAGCUGGCUAUUCGGUGCCGCCUCUAUCACCCCAAGCCGCGGCUGUGGAGGGACCGCUGGCUUUUCUUUGGGGACUUCUUUGCGGACCCCUACAGCAACUUUGCUGCUCGGAGGCAGUACCUGCAGCAGCAGCGGCUGCAGCAGCAGCAGCAGCAGCAGCAGCAGCAGCAGCGGCAGCGGCUGCAGCCGCUGCCUAAAGGAGUAGGCAUUAAGCGGAAGCGCACGCCACUCGACGAGCUGCACGCAGCCUUUGUGCGGCGGCUGCCGCAGCAUGACCCAGAGCUGCUGCAGCUGCUGCAGCAAGCUGCAGCAGCAGAGCAGCACAAGAGGCUGCUGCUGACGGGGGAAAAGACACAAGCUGCAGCAGCAGCAGCAACAGCGGACCCAAACAGCAGCAGCGAAGGGCCUGACAGAACGGACAAUUACUUUCUAUAG